CUCUAAUGGAUCUACAAACAAUUCGAAGGAUUACAUACUGUUUAGUCCAACACGCAUGGCUGCUGCCAAAAAAAGAUCUGGUUUCCAGCUGCAGAAGCGGAGUCAUGGGAAUCUGUCAGUCUCUGUCCUCACUCCUCCACCUGGCCUGGAUCUCAGCUCACUGUGUAGCUUGCCAUCAGAAGCAGGGCACAGCAUCCACAUGGCGAUUCCUGCUGAUCAAUCAGACAAGCUGCUGCUCUCCAGCUGGGGUCUGCCCAAACCUGUGUUGGAGAAGUAUCAGAGUUUGGGGGUGAAGCAGAUGUUUGAGUGGCAGGCUGAAUGUCUCACUCUGGGCAAAGUGUUGGAGGGAAGCAAUUUGGUGUACUCGGCCCCAACGAGUGCUGGGAAAACACUGGUUUCUGAGUUAUUAAUCUUAAAAAGAAUUUUGGAGACUAGACGUAAGGCCAUAUUCAUCCUCCCGUUUGUUUCUGUCGCCAGAGAGAAAAUGUUUUAUCUACAGACUGUGUUUCAGGAGGCAGGGGUGCGAGUUGAAGGCUAUAUGGGAAGCACUUCAGCCGCUGGUGGCUUCUCUGCACUCGAUGUGGCUGUAUGUACAAUAGAGAAAGCCAAUGGGCUCAUCAACAGGCUCAUUGAAGAGGACAGAAUGGAUUUACUUGGGAUUGUCGUGGUAGAUGAGCUGCACAUGCUUGGUGACUCCGGCCGUGGAUAUUUGUUGGAGCUCUUGCUGACUAAAAUCAAGUACAUUGCAAAGAAAACAGCAGAGAAGUGCUCUGAUAAAAGCUCCACUGAUGGUGUACAGAUUGUGGGAAUGAGUGCCACUUUGCCAAACUUGGAUCUCCUCGCCUGCUGGCUAAAUGCUGAAUUGUACCAUACAGAUUACCGUCCUGUGCCACUGAUGGAGUGGGUCAAGAUUGGUGCUAACAUAUACGAUGGCUCCAUGAAUCUUGUCAGGCCUUUCACUCCUGCUCUUCUUGUUAAGGGUGAUGAUGACCACAUUGUGAGCCUCUGCUUUGAGACAGUGCAGGCUGGUCACGCAGCGCUGCUCUUCUGUCCCUCUAAGAACUGGUGUGAAAAGCUGGCGGACAGCAUUGCCAGGGAGUUUUACAACCUUCACCACCUUGAGAAACAGUCAGAAUCUGGAGUGCACUCUGUAUCUCUGAACCUUGAGGGUCUCCAGGAUGUUGUGGCACAGUUAAAACGCACGCCUGCAGGCCUUGAUGAAAUCCUGAAGCGCACGGUUCUAUGGGGUGUUGCCUUCCACCACGCAGGUCUGACAUUUGAUGAGCGGGACAUCCUGGAGGGUGCUUUUCGCCAGGGCUUCAUUAGGGUCCUGGUCGCCACCUCCACUUUGUCCUCUGGUGUAAAUCUGCCUGCACGCCGUGUGAUCAUCAGAACCCCAGUGUUUAACGGACAUCUGCUGGACAUACUGACGUACAAACAGAUGGUGGGACGAGCAGGACGUAAAGGAGUGGACACUGUUGGUGAGAGUGUCCUGGUGUGUAAGGAGUCUGAACGCAUGAAGGGCAUGAGUUUAAUCCAAGGCUCCCUAAAGCCUAUCAGCAGCUGUCUGGUGAAGCGUGAAGGAGAGGGAGUCACUACCAGCAUGCUCCGAGCCAUCCUGGAGAUCAUAGUGGGUGAAGUUGCCAGCACACCAGAGGAGGUGAGGAUGUAUGCGUCGUGCACUCUGCUGGCAGCCAGCAUGGCGUCUGAUCAACCUGAUAAGCCCGGUGCAGCUCGAAGUCUUGGAGCCAUUGAAGCCUGCAUGGAUUGGCUGAUGGAUAACGAGUUUAUUCAUAUCCAAAAGGAAGGAGAUGAGGAGAAAUAUUGUCCUUCUCAUCUGGGUUCUGCCACACUGUCAUCAUCUCUGUCACCACAAGAAGCUCUGGGGAUUUUUGCAGACCUACAAAGAGCAAUGAAAGGCUUUGUUCUCGAAAAUGAUCUCCACAUACUUUACCAGAUAACGCCAGUAUAUGUCGACUGGACAACAAUAGACUGGUACCAGUUCUUCUGUCUGUGGGAGCAGCUGCCUUCUGCAAUGAAGCGAGUUGCAGACAUGGUGGGAAUUCAGGAAGGCUUUCUGGCACGUUCUGUCAGUGGGAAAUUAAUUGCCAAAACCGAAAAACAGCGUAGACAGAUGGCCAUUCACAAACGUUUUUUCACCACGCUUGUAUUGUUUGAUCUGGUCAACGAGGAACCUCUGGGAGCUGUGGCGAAAAAGUACGGCUGUAGCCGAGGACAGCUGCAGUCACUUCAGCAGUCAGCCUCCACCUACGCAGGUAUGGUUACAGUUUUCUGUAAUCGACUCGGAUGGCACAACCUCGAGCUCCUGCUGUCGCAGUUCCAAAGUCGUUUGAGCUUCGGAGUGCAGCGAGAGCUGUGUGAUCUGGUUCGUAUUUCUUUGCUGAACGCCCAGAGAGCACGAGCGCUCUACAGUGCUGGGUUGGUUGCUGUGGCUGAGGUCGCACGGGCAAACAUUACUGAUGUGGAAAAAGCCUUGAGGAAAGCCGUUCCUUUCAAAAGUUCUCGGCAGGCAGUGGAUGAGAGCAAAGAGGAGGCUCAGGAACGCAGAAGCAUGCGCUGUAUAUGGGUCAGCGGGAAAAAAGCCUUGACUGAGAGUGAGGCUGCGCAGCAGAUCGUCUUGGAGGCCAGGCUGCUCCUCCAGCAGGACCUGGCCCUUCUUGGUGUGGAAUGGAACCCCAACUCCCGCUCGCCAGAGGCUAGAACAAAUUCUUCUGACGAAUCAACAGAUUCUAGUUUACAGUCUCCAUCUAAGGUUUCAUCCAACAAGAAGAAUGUUAGGACUGAGAAAUUGAGGAAGGUCAUAAAAGGAGAACGUAUACAAGCUGAUCAAAAUCCUCCAUCUGAAAAUGCUCAAAGACAUACAAACCCAAAGAGUUCCACUGCAAAUCUAGAAAACACUAUGGACACUGAACAGCAAUCUAAUGCAUUACACAAAGUACUCAAAUCUAUAAGUGCUAAAGACAAAAUAGGUCAGAAUGGCUGCGACACUACUAAGAUAUCAUCAGGAUUUCUGGCACACUGCAGCCACAGUUCUGAUUUACAUUUCAAUUCUACUUCAUGCAAUGACCAGCGUUCUGCAAGCCCACUAUCUAAACGUAGAAGGGUGGACGAUGAUGAAAUCAAGGUUGAUUCUGGGGUCAGAGUAACUGAAGUAGGAAAACCCUGUCCAGUAACAGAUGCAGAAGUUAGGCAAACAUCAACUGCUUCUUUGAAUAAGUACUAUUCUGAAUUAAGCACUGGAAAAACAGUGGAAGUUACUAAACCACAAAGCACAGCAUUAUACCACAACCAUAAGCCAGAGACAUCUAUUCCAUUUCAUCUUGGGGAGGCACCAACGUUAACUAGUCAGCCCCACUUUCCAUCUAGUGAGAAAACACUCGCAGAUAACACAAAAAAUGAAUAUCAUGGUUUAAAUGAGAUCAGCAGGAUGACUGUGUAUGAAAAGGUAACUAUACAGGGGAGACACACGGACUGUAACAAGAAUGAGUCAAAAGGAAAUGAGAAACGAGAGGAAAUGAGAAGGCAUCCUAGUACUAGUACUUCUGUGGACUUCCUGGUAAGCUCAGAUAUAAAGUACAGAGUUGCGUCUCCAGAUUUGUACAUGGGGGAUUUGGAAGAAUUUAGCGAUAGUUUUCAGCUUAACACUCAGACUGAAAGAAUGUUGCUCCCAGAGGACAAAUUACCUCAUAGUAAUGGCAAUUCAAAAGCUAAUCAUGAAUUUAGGACUGCACACAGUUAUGUUGGGACAGACCAAAUCUCUCAUUCUGAAAAUGAAAAUCUACUCCCAGAGAAGAGGCAUGAACAGAAAAAUAACAAAGACCCAAACAGUGGAGCAUCACUAGUUUCUGAUAAUAUUCCAAAUGAAUUGCCUUCAGUUAAAGCCAAACCAAAGUACAACAUUUCACUGACAGACAGCCAAAUAGAGAACCUUCUCAAUUUCACAAACCAAACAACCGAAUCAUGUGAAAUGCACUUACAAUCAAAACCCCAAGGCCAAACAGACAAUUCAGACAUUGUGACAAAAGAGAUACCUGAAGGUAUUGUGGACAACAGUCCCAAUAGAAGCAGCAGUUUUCUCUUUGAUAGUCUGUAUGACAGCUCCAUCUUGGAGGCCAUGGAGUACGAGGCAGGAUUUGCUGAAGAAUCUGAAAGAGACAAAGCUGUAGAUGCAAAUACAAGUUCACGUGCUCCAACCGUUGCCUUAAAUGAGGAGAACAAAGUAGUAGUGGGAAUAGAUGAACAAGAUGCAGUACAGUGGGGCGAGUCUUCUUUUAACCUGUCAGAAUGGGGCGAUUCGUUACUUAUAGGAGAACACUAUCUGGAGAAGCGGAACAGUGGUUUUAAGAUCUGUACUGGACCAAAAGAUAGCUCGAGUAAAUCAGAAAAGCCCUGUUACACAGAUGAUGUGUCUGAGAUACAAGUGUCACAAAGCAGCGUGCCUCAUUCCGAAAGUGCCACCGAUACUUCUUAUCAUCUGAGCCCAGGAAUGCAAGACAUUUUCGAUAAGUGGUCUGACCAGUUUUCAACCUUCCAUGAACCUCCAGAGCAAACACUUGCAAAUGUGAUGGAACAGAAGGUGGAAUCUGUUGAAGUUGAGCCUGAACAUGCAAGUCAAAGAGGCUCAUUAUCCGAGGUGUUACAUGUAGUUAAACCAAAUUCAGUGAACCGUGAUCUUAUUCCUCCUACACCAGUAUGUGAGCCUGUCACGCCUCGAGUCAAAAUGACAACUUCAGCUGUACAGUCGCCUCUAAAUCACCAAAAUCGCAUCGAGUCUAGAUUAAAUUCAUCUCCAAAUUCUGGCCCAGAGGAUAAUCAGAAACUCUGUGAGGAACUGAAGGCCUCAUCACAGUUAGAAACAUCCCAGACUGAUGAAGGCUUUUCACUUCGGCUUUCUGAGGACGCCUCUAUCUCUGGCUCCAACUUUAGCAGUCCAGAAUCCUUCUCUAUUAUUGAUGUAGCAAGUGAUAAAAGACUUUUCGAAACAUUUGUAAAGGAGUGGAAAAAAAAGAAGAGAUUUUCUCUGGCUGUUGCCUGUGAGAGGAAAGAUGGCACAGCGCAACCUGAAUCGGUUAUAGGGAGCAAAUUUAACAAAGCAACUACCCCAAUGAGGACCAAAAGAAGAGAUGGCUUUGCUAUUAAAGGACAUGAGAAUCUAAUUGUAACAGGCUUAUCUAUAUGCUGGGGAGGAAAGGAUGCGUAUUAUGUAUCACUACAACAGGAACAAGCAGACAUGGCAGAUAUAAGUGCAAGCUUAGCACCACCUCCACUUGAUGAAAAUCUGGCAGUGGGAGAGAGGAUGAAGAGCAUUCAGGCCUGUGUGACAAGGUCCACUUCUGGUCCUGAGGGUGUGACUGUUGCCUAUGACUAUAUUCAGGUGUAUAAGACUCUAGUCCUGGCAUGCGGACUUUCAAUAAGAGGUGUAUUUGAGGACCCUAAGGUUGCGUGUUGGCUUCUGGAUCCAGGCUCCAAGGAGCGCACCCUUCACAACAUGGUGACAAACUUUACUCCACUGGAUCUGCCCUUGUUGGAAGGAAUUAGCCCGGGACAGGGUGUGGAAAGUUUGGGAAUAUAUGGAGACGCAAGUCAUUCUGGUCGAUACAGAGCAGCCAUCGAGUCUGUAAUUAUCUUCAGAGUCAUGACACAACUCAAUGUGCUUAUGGAAAAAGAUGGUUUCUUAGAUGUAUUCCAGCGAGUAGAGAUGCCCACUCAGUACUGCUUGGCUCUCUUGGAGCUGAACGGUAUUGGGUUUAGCGUCGCGGAAUGCGAAGCUCAGAAACAUGUGAUGCAGGCUAAACUCCGUGACCUGGAAAACAAGGCCUAUCAGUUGGCUGGUCACAGCUUCUCCUUGACCAGUCCAGAGGAUGUUGCUGAGGUCUUGUUCCUUGAACUGAAGCUACCUCCAAAUGGUGAUUUAAAUUCCCUAAAGAAUAAAAAGACUCUGGGCUACACCAGGCGGGGAGGAGCAGGUGCUCGUGUAAAACUUUCCAAACAGUUUAGCACAACGAAGGAUGUGCUAGAAAAGCUCAAGCCAUUACAUCGCUUACCGGGAAUCAUCCUAGAGUGGAGGAGGAUAACAAAUGCCAUGACCAAGGUGGUAUUUCCCCUGCAAAGAGAAAAGUGUUGGCACCCUAAACUAGAGAUGGACAGAAUUUACCCUGUAUCUCAGUCCCACACAGCUACAGGGAGAGUGAGCUUUACUGAACCCAAUAUCCAGAAUGUACCAAAAGACUUUGAAAUCCAAAUGCCAACUCUAAUUGGAGAAAGCCAACCAUCACAAAAUAACAUUAUCUCAAGCAAAACAAGGGCUAAAAUAUCACGGACACGCCAGCAGUUGGUAUCAUUGAUCAAAGAUUCAGACAGAUCCCCGGAGAAGGGGAUGCCUUUUUCUGUUAGCAUGAGACAUGCUUUUGUUCCUUUCUCUGGGGGAUUAAUUUUGGCUGCAGACUACUCCCAAUUGGAGCUCCGUGUCUUGGCUCACUUGUCCCGUGACAGACGGCUUCUUCAGGUCCUCAACAGUGGUGAAGAUGUUUUCAAAAGCAUCGCUGCGGAAUGGAAGAUGGUGGAUCGCGAGUCAGUUGAUGAUUGCAUGAGACAACAGGCUAAACAGAUUUGUUAUGGAAUAAUCUAUGGCAUGGGAGCAAAGUCAUUAGGAGAGCAAAUGGGUAUUGAUGAAAACGAUGCUGCCUGUUACAUUGAAACAUUCAAGUCCAGAUACACAGGCAUACAGGCGUUUCUUCGUGAAACUGUGAAGAACUGCAGUAAAAAUGGCUAUGUGAAGACGUUACUUGGCAGGAAGCGGUUUCUGCCUGGAAUCAAGGAGUCAAACACGUACAUUAAGUCUCAUGCAGAGCGACAGGCAGUGAAUACAACAGUUCAGGGCUCUGCAGCAGAUAUCGUCAAACUGGCUACUAUCAAUAUCCAGCGCAGACUGGAGAUGGCUUUUCCUGCAGUGCUGCUGUCACAUCAGCAUUACCCCGGAGGGACAGACAAUGGACGAUGCAGGCCUAGGGCCAGACCUUCUCGAGGAGCCUUCUUCAUACUUCAGCUACAUGAUGAACUCAUCUAUGAGGUUGCAGAGGAGGAUAUCAUUCAGGUUGCACAAAUUGUGAAACGGGAAAUGGAAGUUGCUGUGAAAUUGUACGUGAAGCUCAGGGCAAAGGUUAAAGUGGGCCCCAGCUGGGGAAACCUUCAAGAGUUGGAUAUAUAAAUAAAAUAUGGAUUUUACUUCUUCUACCAAAUGUGCUGCUUAAUGAUAUUACUAAAUGUAAAAUCUAUAAACAACUCAAAUGCACUCUCUUGGUUGGUAUUGAAUGACCAUCUUAACCAUCCUUAAUGAAUAUGUAUAUGAACUUUUUUUUUUUUUUAAGAAAGACUAAUCA